AUGGCCGACCAAGCCGAUGUACUCGCGGAUCCUGAUUUCGAGGAGGAGACCUCCAUACAAAAGUUCAAGCGCCGUCUAAAGGAAGAACCAUUGAUCCCACUAGGCUGCGCCGCAACAUGCUACGCUCUCUACCGCGCCUACCGCUCCGGCAAAGCGAAAGACUCCGUCGAAAUGAACCGCAUGUUCCGUGCCCGUAUCUACGCCCAAUUCUUCACACUGCUGGCCGUCGUCGCAGGCGGAAUGUACUACAAAACCGAGCGCAAACAACGCCGCGAAUUUGAGAAAAAGGUUGAGGAGCGCAAAGCACAGGAGAAGAGGGAUGCGUGGUUGAGAGAGUUGGAGGCGAGAGAUAAGGAGGAUAAGGGGUGGAAGGAGAGACAUGCCGCUGUGUCGGUGACGGCGAAGAAGGAGACUGAGGGGGCGGUGGAUAAGAAUGUGAAUCAGGCGCCGACGGAGGAAGUGGUUGAGAAGAGGGGAACGGGAAUUCUUGAUGCUGUCAAGGCGUUGGUGCAAGGGAAGAAGGAUUAA